AUGAGUGCCGCCGAGGUUGGUCAGCGGCGGUCUUUUGACGGCCAGCUAUGCACGGUACGGUAUGUGGGCGGCGUUGAAGGCACCACGGGCGACUGGCUUGGUGUUGAAUGGGACGACCCAUUUCGAGGCAAGCAUGCAGGCGAACAUAAGGGAGUGCGAUAUUUUACAUGCAAGAAUAAGCAUCCUACAGCGGGGUCUUUUGUUCGCCCCUCCAGGCCAUCAGAACCACCAAGAAGUUUCCUAGAAGCUCUGCAUGAGAAGUAUGCCUCGGAAGUCCAGCAGCAAAACACCCAAGCUACUUCCACUUCAACUGCCAGUCCGAAGGCUAUUGAAAUCAGUGGUAAAGUUGUUGAGGAAGUUGGCUUCGACAAGAUUCGCAAACAGCUUGCAGAGCUAGAAGAGCUACGAAUUGUGCUGCUAGAUGGGCUACGUAUUUCCGGCGUCUUGCCCUCUUACGAACAGCCCGAGACAUCUGUUAAGGAGGCAGCCCCGAAGAUCGCAGCAACCUGUCCCAAGAUUAUCGAACUAGACCUCAGCCGCAGUCUCUUGAGUUCUUGGCGCGAUGUACGGGAUAUUUGCGAUCAGCUGAAGCAGUUGAAAAGGUUGCGUGUGAAUGGAAAUCGAUUCCAGCCGCUAGAAGACGGCUUGGUGUUCAAUGAAAUCAAUGAAUUGCAACUAGAAGCGACUCUUCUCACCUGGGAGGAAAUUGCCGAAGUGGUGUCUAGAUUCCCAGCACUCACAAACCUCACAGCGUCCGCCAACCAACUGACAACCACACCAUGUUCACUCCCGAACUCCAUAAGCUUUCUAAAUCUCGAAAACAACGAGAUAACAUCAAUAUCAGCAAUUCGCAAAAUAGCCAGCCUACCCAAUCUAAACCACUUAUCAUUGCGAGGAAAUAACCUCAGCACUAUAAUCGAUGGCUCCAGCGAUACAAUCCACGACUUCCAAUUUCCCCGAACCCUCCAUUCUCUCGAUCUUUCUCGCAACAACAUCACAUCCUGGACAGUCUUGAAUCACAUAGCAGCACUCUUCCCAGGUCUAACAACCCUCCGCAUAUCAGGAAAUUCACUUUAUGAUCAACCCCCUCUCGCCCCAUCAAUCGCAGCAGCAACAGCCAGCAUGAGCGCCUCUAAACCAAUGACAGUCGACGAGUCGUUCAUGCUCACUUUAGCUCGAUUCCCUUCUACCCUCUGCACGCUGAAUUACAGCACCAUAUCGCUACAGGACCGCUCUAACGCAGAAAUGUACUAUCUGUCCUUGAUUGGCAAGGAGCUGUCUGCCACCUCUGAAGAAGAAGAAAGCUCUAUCCUCGCUACUCACCCACGAUAUGCAGACCUAUGUGCUCUGUACGGCGAACCAAGAAUAACGAGAGCAGUUGAGUCCGACGGCUCAGGUCACAGAGCUAUUCAUCCACGCUCUGUCGCCGCACGACUAGUAAAGUUGGCUUUCCAUUUAAGUCAAGCCCAAUCUUCAUCGACGAGUAAUGCUGGUUUAGAACCUGAGAUCUCGGUGAAAGAGGUCCCAACAUCAUUCAACACAUAUCAAGUUAAAGCACUUGUCUCACGGCUCUUUGCACUCCCUGCAUACGGAUUUAAACUAGUUUGGGAGACUGAUGAAUGGGAUCCAGUUGCUAGAGCAGCUGUUGAAGAGGAAGAUUGGGCAGAAGAUAGCGAGGAUGAGAUGGCUCAGCAGCACGUUGUUGAAUCUUCUACAGAAGACAAUUCGAGUCGUUUUGUGCGGCGGGAAAUCGAACUUGUGGAUUCGACGAGGGAUAUAGGAUACUUGUUUCAGGGAGAAACGGGUGAGAUGAAGAUUAGGGUGAAUGUUUUUGGACCAGAGAGCUCAUCGGCAAAUAUUUCGUUGCCCAGUGCUGCUCCAGUGUCGGUGGUAUCUUAA